AUGCUAAGAACAUCAACGCUGUUCACAAGACGUGUUCAACCAAGUCUACUUGCUAGAAAUAUCCUCAGAUUACAAUCCACCGCAGCAAUUCCCCAAACUCAAAAGGGUGUCAUUUUUUAUGAGAAUAACGGGAAAUUACAUUACAAGGACAUUCCAGUCCCAGAACCAAAGCCAAAUGAAAUCUUGAUUAACGUUAAGUAUUCCGGUGUUUGUCAUACCGAUUUACACGCAUGGCACGGGGAUUGGCCAUUGCCCGUCAAGCUACCAUUAGUGGGUGGUCAUGAAGGUGCCGGUGUUGUUGUCAAAUUAGGUUCCAAUGUCAAAGGCUGGAAAGUUGGCGAUUUGGCAGGUAUCAAGUGGUUGAACGGCUCUUGUAUGACUUGUGAAUUUUGUGAGUCUGGCCACGAAUCUAACUGUCCAGACGCUGACCUGUCUGGUUACACACAUGACGGUUCCUUCCAGCAAUUCGCUACCGCUGAUGCUAUACAAGCUGCCAAGAUCCAACAAGGUACUGACUUAGCUGAAGUGGCCCCAAUACUAUGUGCCGGUGUUACUGUAUAUAAAGCACUAAAAGAAGCAAACUUAAAAGCCGGUGAAUGGGUUGCCAUUUCUGGUGCUGCAGGUGGGUUAGGUUCUCUAGCCGUUCAAUAUGCUACAGCAAUGGGCUACAGAGUUUUAGGAAUUGACGCAGGCGCAGAGAAAGAAAAGCUUUUCAAGCAACUUGGAGGUGAAGUGUUUAUUGAUUUUACCAAGACUAAGGAUAUGGUCUCCGACAUCCAAGAAGCUACUAAAGGUGGCCCUCAAGGUGUCAUCAACGUUUCAGUUUCGGAAGCCGCCAUCUCUUUAUCCACGCAAUACGUGAGACCAACCGGUACUGUCGUCUUGGUUGGUUUGCCAGCCAAUGCCUACGUCAAGUCCGAGGUCUUUUCUCAUGUUAUCAAGUCCAUCAAUAUCAAGGGUUCCUAUGUUGGUAACAGAGCUGAUACGAGAGAGGCCUUAGACUUCUUUAGCAGAGGCUUGAUCAAAUCACCAAUUAAGGUUGUUGGAUUGUCUGAAUUACCAAUGGUUUAUGAUUUGAUGGAAAAGGGUAAGAUUUUGGGUAGAUACGUUGUCGAUACUAGUAAAUAA